UUGCUUGUUGACGGAAAAAUGAGUAACAAUUUAAGUUUUUAAUAGAAAGAACAUUCGUGAAAAUUUGCAAGAAAAUUUCUUUGACAUUUUGUAACAAAACGCAGAAAAGAAUAAAAUUCUAAACAUAAGUUAAAGAAAUUUGUCAAACAUAUGCCAAAAUAUGGGGAGAAGACCAAGUGCAUUAGCAUUUUUGUUGCUGAUAACAUUUUCCAGCUUGUUCACGGUUGCGAUAAGAGCAGAGGAUCCAAAGCAACAACAACAGCAAUUGUCACCAAAUACUAAUGGGGGGCAAACCUCUGCAAAUGAUAAUUCUAAUACAGCUGCCGACGCGGUGGGAUUUGUGAAAACAGGUAACGGUGGAGAAAAUGCAAAAAAUUCAACAACUCCAGAAACGGCAAAUAGCGGCAAUAGCAAUAAAAAUGAACCACCAGAUGCUGGUAAAACAAAUGGCACCGUAUCCUCUACAGAGAAUAGCAGUAAAGAUAGCGGCGCCGUAUCUAACAACAACUCAACUACGCCGUCGUCAUCAUCACCAUCUCCGCCACCAACCGCAAAUACAACGCAAAAUGAUACAAAAGCAGUUACCGAACCUCCAUUGCCAGAUCAUCAUGCCGUCGAGCAGGAACACAAUUCAUCCCUCUCACUAUUCUUUGUAAUAUGUGUUAUUAUGUUAGGCAUCUUGCUGAUACAUUCGAUGCUGCAGACUGGUUUCCAAUAUUUGCCCGAAUCCAUAGUCGUGGUAUUUUUGGGUGCCUUAAUUGGUCUACUGCUAAAGGUUAUGUCUGGUGAAAAUGCCAGCUGGAAACGUGAAGAAGUGUUUUCUCCUACUGGAUUUUUCUUGGUAUUAUUACCACCCAUAAUCUUUGAAUCGGGUUAUAAUUUGCACAAGGGUAACUUCUUUCAAAAUAUCGGCUCAAUAUUGGUCUUUGCUAUUGUGGGCACAACGAUAUCGGCAUUGGUAAUUGGAGCUGGCAUAUAUUUGUUGGGAUUAGCUGAAGUUGCUUAUCGAUUGAAUUUCUCCGAAUCAUUUGCAUUUGGCUCCCUUAUAUCUGCUGUCGAUCCCGUUGCCACAGUUGCUAUUUUCCAUGCUUUGGAUGUUGAUCCGAUAUUAAACAUGUUGGUAUUUGGCGAAAGUAUUCUCAACGAUGCUAUAUCUAUUGUGUUGACCACCACCGUCUCUCAGUCAGCAAAUAGUCCGCUCUAUGCUAAAAUGACAACAGGUGAGGCCAUCUUCUCUGCAUUGAAAACAUUUUGCGAAAUGUUCUUCGCUUCAGCCGGUAUUGGAGUAAUAUUUGCUUUGAUUUCAGCACUACUAUUAAAACACAUAGAUUUAAGAAAACAUCCAUCAUUAGAAUUUGCCAUUAUGUUAAUGUUUACCUAUGCCCCUUAUGUUUUAGCCGAGGGUAUACAUUUGAGUGGUAUCAUGGCCAUACUAUUCUGUGGCAUUGUCAUGUCGCACUAUACCCAUUUCAAUUUGUCCACAGUGACACAGAUAACUAUGCAACAAACAAUGCGUACGCUGGCUUUCAUAGCGGAAACAUGCGUUUUCGCCUAUUUGGGUUUGGCCAUUUUCUCCUUUAAACAUCAGGUGGAAUUGUCAUUUGUAAUAUGGUCUAUGGUUUUAUGUUUAAUAGGCAGGGCUUGCAAUAUCUUUCCCCUGGCAUAUUUGGUGAAUAAGUUUCGCGAGCAUAAAAUUACCAAUAAAAUGCAAUUUAUAAUGUGGUUUUCGGGUCUAAGAGGUGCAAUUUCCUAUGCUCUAUCAUUGCAUUUGGAUUUAUCCAGCGACGAGACAAGACAUGUGAUAAUAACAACCACUUUGAUUAUUGUAUUGUUUACAACACUGGUAUUUGGUGGAUCUACCAUGCCGCUCUUGAAAUAUCUCAAGCCAGGUAAGAAACGACGAGCACGAACAACGCGUGGCAGUAGUGCAUCAACUGCUUCGGCGAGAACUCGUAACAAUUCGCGUAAACGUUCCAAAUCCAUAUCAUUGUCGAAAACUCGUGAAUGGGGCCAAGCCAUAGACUCGGAACAUCUGUCCGAACUGACCGAAGAGGAAGAUGUGUCCUUUGCCCAGACCCGCAUAGCAGGAUUUGGACGUUUGGACAGAAAGUAUUUCAUACCAUUCUUUACAAGGCGCUUUAAUAGUCAAGAAUUGCAUGAAUGUAAGUCCCAAAUGGCCGAUUUGACCAAUAAAUGGUAUCAGGCGAUUAGAGUAAGCCCCUUGGAUUCAGAUGAGUCCGAUGAGGAAAUGGGCUUGUCGGCGAGUACUAGUCAGAGCACUCUAAAUGCUCGAACAUAGAUGAAGCAUAAAAAAGAAUUGAAUAAUGGUGAUACAUUUUUGAGAGAAUACCUAGGUAAAUUUAGCUCAAUUUUUUAUAUUAUCAACAUUAUGGUAUUGUAUUUUUGAAGGCGAAACAAAAAUAGAUAAUAAAAAAGCAUUUAGGUUUCAUAGAAAGGUUUAUUUGCUCCAAUAUGCUCUUGCCAUAACAAUUUCUAAUUUUUCUUUUUUUUAAAUAUAUCUCCAUGUUUAAUACUGGGUUUUUCAAAACAUGACCGCAUAUGUCCUUUUCAAUUAUAAAUAUCCUUGUAGAUUUCAAAUUUUCUUUGUUGCUAACCAGUGAACCAAAUUUCGAAUGUUAGACAUUUCUGUACAAAUUGUGAACUCUUCCGACAAGUUUUUACCGAAAUCGGUCCGAAUUCUGUUUAAAUUUCUGAGUGAUUUUUUUCCGACAGUGCUGAAAGAGUUCUGAACGUCUCGUCGUAGGAGUUUGAAUUUUUCGUCCGACAGUUCGAUAGCAAUUCUGAACGAUUUCCGGAGUGAUUGUCUGUAGGAUUUCUUUUGCCGAUAAUUCUGAAAGAAAUCUGAGCCAUAUCUGAUCGUCUUGUUGUACAUUAUUAUACCCUCUACCAUAGGAAGGGGGGUAACUAAUUUCGUCAUUCUCUUUAUAAAUCCUCGAAAUGUUCGUCUAAGACCCCAUAAAGUAUAUAUAUUCUUGAUCGUCAUGACAUUUUAAGUCGAUCUAGCCAUGUCCGUCCGUCUGUCCGUUUGUCUGUCGAAAGCGCACAAACUUUGGAAGGAGUAAAGCUAGCCUCUUGAAAUUUUGCAAAAAUACUUUUUAUAAGUGUAGGUUGGUUGGGAUUGUAAAUGGGCCAUAUCGGUCCAUGUUUUUAUAUGGCUGCCAUGUAAACCGAUCUUGGGUCUGGAGUUCUUGAGCUUCUAGAGGGCGCAAUUUUUAUUCAAUUAAGUACAACAUCCAACAAAUGUGCUAAUUUUGGUUGAAAUCGGACCAUAACCUGUUAUUGCUGUCAUAUAAACCGAUCUGGGGUCUUGACUUCUGGGGCCUCUAGAGGGCGCAAUUCCCAUCCGAUUUAGCAAUUACAUUUUGCAUGACGUGUUUCGCUAUGACUUCCAACAAUUGUGUCAAGUAUGGUUAAAAUCGGUCCAAAACUGGAUAUAGCUGCCAUAUGAACCUAUCUUGAAUCUUGACUUCUUGAGCCACUAGAGGUCGAAAUUCUUAUCCGAAUUGGCUGAAAUUUCGCAUGACGUGUUUUGUUACGACUUCCAACAACUGUGCAAAGUACGGUUGAAAUCGGUCCAUAACCUGAUAGAGCUGCCCUAUAAACUGAUCUGGCGUCUUGACCUCUUGAGCCACUAGAGGGCGCAAUUAUUAUCCGAUUUGGCUGAAAUUUUGCAUGACGUAUUUCGUUAUGACUUCAAACAACUGUGUGAAGUAUGGUUAGAACCAGUGCAUAACCGGAUAUAGCUGCAUAUAAACCUAUCUUGAAUCUUGACUUAUUGAACCACUAGAGGGCGCAAUUAUUUUCCGAUUUGGCUGAAAUUUUGUAUGACGUAUAUCGUUAUGACCACAACUGUGGCAAAUAUGAUUCAAAUCGGCCACAACCUGAUAUUGCUGUCAUAUAAACCGAUCUGGGAUCUUGACUUCUUCAGCCUCUAGAGGGCGCAAUUCUUUUCCGAUUGGGCUGAAAUUUUGUACAACGGCUUCUCCCUUUAACAUACGUGUCAAAUAUGGUCCGACUCGGUUAUAGCCUGAUACACCUCCCUUUUUAAUCAAUCCCUACUUGAGCCCCUAAAGGGCACAAAUUCCUAUUCGAUUUGGCUGAAAUUUUGCACAAUGACUUCUUCUAUGGUCUCUAACAUUAUGGUCCGAAUCGUACCAUAACUUGAUAUAGCUCCAAUAGCAUAGCAAUUCUUUUCUUUUAUCCUUUGUUUGCCUAAAAAGAGAAACAGAAAAAAGAACUCGACAGAUGCGAUCCAUGGGCCCGGCCGAACUUAGCACACUUUUACUUGUUUUUUUUUUCAAUGUUUUCUUCCGGAAAGACGUCUGAAUGAUUUCUGGACUGUUUGUCUGUAGGCAUUUUUGUUCCGGCAGUACUGAUAGAAUUCUGAACGAUGUCUGAACGUCCUGUCGUAUGGUUUUUUUUUAAUUUUUCCUCCGACAGUUCGGUAGGAAUACCAAACGAUUUCUGUUGUGCUUGUCUGUAGGCAUUUUUUCCCGAUAGAUCUGAAAGAAUUCUGAACCAUAUCUGAUAGUCUUGUCGUACAUUAUAAGACUUAACAUCGGAAUUCGGUCAGAAGUCUUAACGACAAUUCUAAAUUUCCUUCAGAAUUUCUCAUAAGUUUGGCUCAGAAUUCUGUCUGAAUUCGUUGCGAAGUGUCGGCACGCAUAUUUCUUGCCGAAGUCGUGUCAACCGCUCCAUAUAUUUUUCGUUAAGAAUUCGGAGAGACAUUGGACCCGAAUUCGGAUGAAUUUGCCGAAUUUUCAUACAGAGUUCUGACUGAACGUUUGGUUCACUGGGUAGUUAUUUUAGUUAAAUUAUAUUAACCGUCUAGACUUUAAUUCAUCAGCGCUGUGAAAGUGUCCCAAAUCAAAUCCAAUGAAAUGCCCUUCAUGGCAUGUUGUUUUUGUAUAUAUUAAUAGAGACUAUAUGUUUAUUUAUAUUUGUUUAGGUGUUGGGUUCUUUUAGUUCCUUUCUAGAAUAAUUUAACAAAUAGUUAAAAAUUUUUUAUCCCCAUGACACAUAUGAGCAAAAGUUAACGCUUUAUUCACUAAAAAAAGUCUUACAAAACAAAGCAUUCUUAUGAUACUUAACAACAUUUGUCAUAAACAAUAAAUCCAAAAGAUUAAUAAACAAUUUUUCAGCCCUUAGAUAAUAAAAUCAUCUUAUAUCACAAAUGGUUUACAAAUCACGUAUAUGAGGCUUCUUCGUACUAGGAUUUUCUUCGUUAGUCAACAAAAGUUUCUUAGUUUUGUAUCAAUCCCAGAACUGUUAGACUUGAUCACAUAGUUGAAUUUAGCUUAAUUUGCCUUGAUUUGUUUAAGAAAGUUAUCAUCGGCAACCCCAAUGGUCUUUAUCAAGCCUUUUAUGAGUACACACAAUCUGAUGCUUCAUUAUAGGGUCGACAGGUAUUUCUUAUUUGCCAUAGCAGGUUUCGAUUUAACAUACAUAAGUAGUUGCUAAAAACCCUAGCUGAACUUUCAUGGUGGCUUCUAGAGGCUUAAGUUGUAAAAUCUGGAUUUCUUUUAUAUAUAUAAGAGCUCCAAUCUUUCUUGUGUUCUUCGUUAUCACGAAAAGCUUAGCUGGAAGCUAUCGGGCGUCCACAGCUUGCGAAUAAUGGAAUGCUCCAUACGGAGUAGCUGCAACUGCAGUCGCGGACAAUCAGCGGUUUCGUGUGGAGAGUCUCAGCGAGAGGCCGAGUGACUCGAUAAGACAAGGCGAGUUAUUGGCGCAUUUAACUAACCAAUGGUCAUCAUGUUCCCGCGGCGAUCGGUCGUAUGGACCCGUAACGAGCCUGCUCGCCUAUAAGAGCUUGACGAGAAUCGCCACCUCCACAUGCAAAUUUGGCUACAACAACAAAACGUCCAGGGAAUGGCGAGGUACUCCCAGCUCAGGGAUCCCUUUGCGGGAAAACUAUGUCCAACCCGUUAACAAGAAAGGUCUUACCUGAUAAAUAAACUUUCGCGUCAUAUAUACCAUCACGCAUCUUCAUCCCCCAGGAAAACAGAUGCGUGCCGAAAGUUCGAGAAGAAUCAGGUUCCUGACUUUCUCAGUCUAAGGACAAUCUGUGUUGCCACACAUACAACAUACAGCUGCAAAAGCCUUAAGACUGAGUAUGGCAUUCAAUGCCCCAGCCCCGCACGGGAUAGCUGUGAGCACCACACAGGCUGGAACAUUGAGGUCCGAUUUGUGUGGUGUUCAUUGCUGUCACGAGAAGCUUAGUGUCCACAGGUUGCGAAUAGUGGAAUGCUCCAUACGGAGUAGCUGCAACGGCAGUCGCGGACAAUCAGCAGUAUCGAGGGUCUCAGUGAGAAGUCGGCGGCACCGGCUCUUGCACAAAUAAAGCGAAAUAUUGGCGCCUUUAAAUAACCAAUGGCCACCGUGUUCCCGCGGCGAUUGGUCCUCAGGACCGGAACGAGCGAGCUCACCUACAGGAUCUUGACGAGUAUUGCAACCUUCACAUGCCAUAUGGCUACAACAACAACAACCCCUUGCCAAGCGUUUAGCUCCGUCGCAGUACGCUGUACAUUCUCGAUAAUGUUGCGGAGUGUACCGUUGUCCAGAGCCCACAUUCAGUCUCCUUUUGAACCUUUCCCUGAUAUUCCUACUUCAACUUAGUCUCUGGUCAAAAAUCACUCUUGGGUACUUGGGCUACUUGAGAGAGCUGCAGCUUCGCCCCAUUCCGUGCCAAAAGUGCAAUCCAUAUGCCCAAAGACAAUAUAUUAGGUUAGGUAAGAGUGGCAGUUCUUUUCGGACUCACAAUUUUAAGACCAUUGUGAUACCACAGUAGCGACAGACCAAGGCCUCUCUUGGGAAUGCACCCGCCGACCUCCGCUUUGGCAAUCCAAGCACGCUACCAACUCGGCUCUUAAUAUGAUUAUAGGUAUAAAAACUUAAAAUGCUUAUAUCUCCUAAACUUUGAAUGAAAUCGUCAGAAAUGUUUUUUUUUAAGCCAGCUUAGUCAAAAAUCGCACUUAGGUGCUUGGGCUACUUGAGAGAGCUGCAGCUUCGGCCAAUCCAGUACCAAAAGUGCAAACCAUAUGCCCAUAGACAACAUGUUAGGUUAGGUAAGAGUGGCAGUCCUUUUUGGACUCACAAUUUUAAGACCAUUGUGAUGCAACAGUAGUAACAGACCAAUGCCUCUCUUGUGAAUCGAACCUACGACCUCCGCUUUGGCAAUCCAAGCACGCUACCAACUCGGCUCUUAAUAUGAUUAUAGGUAUAAAAACUUAAAAUGCUUAUAUCUCUUUAACUUUGAAUGAAAUCAUGAGAAAUGUUUUUUUUAAAGCCAGCUUAGUCAAAAAUCGCACUUAGGUGCUUGGGCUACUUGAGAGAGCUGCAGCUUUGGCCAAUCCAGUGCCAAAAGUGCAAACCAUAUUCCCAUAGACAAUAUGUUAGAUUAGGUAAGAGUGGCAGUACUUUUCGAACUCACAAUUUUAAGCCCAUUGUGCUACCACAGUAGCGACAGACCAAGGCCUCUCUAAGUCGGCUCUUAAUAUGAUUAUAGGUAUAAAAACUUAAAAUGCCUAUAUCUCCUCAAUUUUAAAUGAAAUCAUGAAAAAUGGUCCAACGAUUACACUAAUGGUGGCGAGACAUCUAUUGUAUAUAUACUGUCUAGGAUUAGAUAGAACUCUCUUUAUCUCCCUGGGGUUUAUGCUUAAGAUCGUGGCCGUAGCCCAUUUAGUUUUAAUGUUCAAAGUGCACCUUGGUAAAGAUUUUUAAAUGUAGAGAAAAAUUCGUUUCCUACAAUAUUGACUACAUUGCCACCAGCGAACUCUUCAACCUUCAGUCUUUGCUUCUCGAAGUUUAUGGGUUAUUGGUAAUUAUGACAAAAACUUAUAUCUACCUAUUGCAUCAGAUAAAGUAUAGUAGCUCAAUAUGUAUUCAGAAUUUUGGUUAAAUAACCAAAUUGCCGGGGAAAGCCGAUUUUAAUCUAAUUGCAAAAUUAAAGGAUAAGUUUUUUAACUUUGUUAUUUCCACAAAGUCUAAAAACGGUAUUCACAAAACCUUUAACCCCGUUUACACUGCUCAUUAAAUCAGGAUUUAAGUCUCUCGUCAGCUGAUUUUAUAAAGGGAAAACAGAUGAUCGAGGUUUUUUGACAGAUUCUUCUUUAUAGGACUGUCAAAUACACCUAUUUUAAGGUUUCAAUAAGUUUUUGAAUAAGUUUGAGUUUUUAAAUUUGAUUGUGGUAGGUGCGAAAUUUACCAAUUCGAUGGAGAAUAUAGACACACAAACCCCUUAACCCAUUUUCAAUGACAAAAGUAAGACUUGGAUCUGUAUUUUAAUAUCCUAACAAAACAUAAAUCCAGUCUAUGACUUUUCAUCUAUACACAAAAAUACUUUAACACAUUCGCGACAUAAUUAUUAUAAAUUUAUCUCAGUAUUCAAAAUAUUUCAGGAAUAUAUUUUAUUAUGUUUUACAGAAAAAUUGUUAUUUUUUAUUUUAUAUUAUUUAUAACUUAAACGAAAAAUGUUUAUGUUUCUAAAAAAAUUUCGACAUAUUCGAGACAGCCAUUCGAAUAAGUCCAAAUGUUACUUCUUUUCUAGCACAAUAAUGUAUAUAAAAAUUAAUUGUAAUAUACAACUUAAAAGCUUAUUACGAAAAUUCUACACCAAAUAUUAAUUAA